CUGCUGCGCAGCCUCCUCCGGGCGCACCGGGGCCUGCCGGGCGAGAUGCGCAAGCUCGGCGACAAGUACGUGAUGAAGGAGUUCAAGGACACGCGCGACGUGACGAAGCCCGAGCACCUCGCGGCGUUCCGCGGCGCCUGGGAGCACUACCUCGCGCAGCUGCGCGCGCCGGACCGCGGCCGCGUCGGCGACGAGCUCUCGGAGGACACCGUCGACAAGAUGUCCGACGAGCAGCGCAACCAGCUCAUCGAGCUCAGAUUAGGGGCCCAAGGAAAA